CUGCCUGUCACACACAGGAGGUGCCCUUUCUUCUAUUCUUCCUCGCCCUGCCCCUCUCACAGUCUGAGGACACUACUGACCCACUUUUCCUCUCCUUAGUUUCAGCCACACUCAACUCUUAAAGUCCAGUAAAGACUCCUCCGCGGUGUGAACUUGUGAUUCACGGUGGAUAUGUACAAAGUGCGCACUCUCCUUUCUGGUUCCUGAAAAGCUCCUUCCUCUGGAGUCUUCAUCAUGUACUGAUCAUUCCGAGCAGGGAGCAUUAAAUAUCACCUCGGGGCUCUGUCUGUGAUUCACCGUCAUGAGUGGAAUCCCCUUCACCUCUCUCGUCGUCAGGUCGGAUUCUCCAGGAUGCGGAUCCAUGGCAGAGUAGCCGUGGUCAGGUCGGCUGCAGGAUGCGGAUCCAUGGCAGAGUAGUCCUGAUCGCAGUCUGUUUGGGAGUUUUCCUACUUUUGUACUUUCUGCGGACCAACGCUGCGGAGGAUCUGCUGUCGAGAGGAGCUGUGGUGGAGGGGGGACACGAAGACUCUGUCCCAUCGCCCUCCGAGCUCAGGCGGAAUGUUGGAGCAAAGUUUGCGCAGAAAGCCCCCUCUGGAAAGGGUGCGGGUCUGGAAAAACCUCCUGGAGCGCGACAGAAGAAGUCCAAACCUAAAGACAGAGCCAGCGGCGCAAAGACGAAGAGUAAAUUGAGAAGUAAUGUUGCUCGAGCUGUUGCAAAGCGUCCAGAGGAGAUGAUGCACCUGGCUGUGGUGCUGUGUGGAGAUCGACUGGACGAGACCCUCGCUAUGGUUAAAUCAGCCAUUCUGUUUAGUCUGAAGAGGAUCAGGUUCCAUAUCUUUACUGAAGACCCUUUGGCCCCAGAGUUGAAACAGAAGCUGAGUCAGUGGCCUCCCUCUGCCUUAGCCAGGUUCGAGUUCAGGAUAUACCCCAUAACUUUCUCUGUGGGGAACGCCGACGAGUGGAAGAAGCUCUUCAAGCCAUGUGCUGCCCAGAGACUCUUCCUCCCUGUCAUCCUGAAGGACGUGGACUCUUUACUCUACGUGGACACUGAUGUGCUGUUCCUGAGGCCUAUGGAUGAUAUCUGGAGUCUCUUUAAGUCCUUCAAUAGCACCCAGCUAGCAGCAAUGGCUCCAGAACAUGAGAUUCCAAAGAUUGGCUGGUACAGCCGCUUUGCACGCCACCCUUUUUAUGGAGUCACCGGGGUCAACUCUGGGGUUAUGCUGAUGAAUCUCACACGAGUCCGCAGCACAAUAUUCAAAAACAGUUUGAUCCCCAGUGGCCUAUCAUGGGAGGAGCUUCUACAUCCACUGUACCAGAAGUACAAAAACCACAUUACCUGGGGAGACCAGGACCUCCUCAACAUUAUCUUCCACUACAAUCCAGAGUGUCUCUUCAUCUUUUCCUGCCAUUGGAACUACAGGCCUGAUCACUGUAUGUACGGGAGUAACUGUAAGGAGGCUGAAGAGGAGGGUGUGUCUAUUCUUCAUGGAAACCGUGGAGUGUAUCAUGAUGACAAGCAGCCUGCAUUCAAAGUAGUCUAUGAUGUAAUACGAGAGUUUCCCUUUGAAGACAACAUGUUCCAGUCGCUUUUCUACCCCAUCCAGACCAAGUUCCUGGACACAGUCAACACCCUCUGUGGUCGCAUUCCUCAAGUCUUCCUCAAGCAGAUAGAAAAGACCAUGAGGAAGAUCUUCCAAGAGAAAGUGGUCCAACAUGUAAGACCACAUCAGUAACUAACAGAGACAUUGAUUCAGUGUUUUUUCUAACCACUAGGACCAUUGUGCCGUGGAUUAGGUCUAAAACCAGCACAGUCUGUGUUUGCACUAUGGUCAACACUUCCUUGAAUGGUGUCACAAACAUCACAAACCUCCAGGGACCAAAGUGGUGACAGACUGAUGUUUGCAGAGAAGAAUACUGUGCAAGUCAUGAAACAACAAAGGAAUAAUGAAAAACAAUCUAUUAUAAUGCUAAUGUGUAAUCCCUGCCCUCUGCUUGAUUCUCUUCAUCAUGUAGUGUUCAGGAAACCUCCAGGUGUCAUUCUGUGCUUAGUGGUGUGUAGUCCUCCUUACACACUAUGAAGGGACAUGAACAAAGUGUGUAACUCACUACCUGAUCAUGUCAAGGAUCUGCAGUUCUGUGUAUAGUUCUAGGUGCAGUGGGGCAGGGCAGAGCAGAGAGAGUGUUGAAACUGAAUUCUCCACCUUGGCUUAGAGCAGAACUUUGUGCUGAGCAAUCUGUUCCUUUAGAACAUAACAGCCUCCGGAUAUUUCAUAAAAACAAACCUUUUGCUUUUCGUAUUCUCAAUUUUUGUGCAAAACUGCAAAAUCACUACAAAGUGAUCUCAAAUGUACACAUGAAGCCUGUCUGUUCUCUCGCCAUAUUAUUAACAGACAGCCAAACUCCUAGAAAGAUACUCCUGAUACUGCAGUUAUAUGCAUUAAUGGGACAUGAAUCCAAACUGAUCUCAGUGUAUCAAAGCCCCAUCAAUCAUACUUCUGUGCCGGCUCCACGCCCUAGUGGCCGUUGUAGUUGUGAGCACUACAUACAUCCACGUGGCUCAGCAAUACUCUGCCUAAAUUCUUAUAGGCAGUGUGAUUUCUAUGCUGAUGGAAUAUAAUGCAGCCCAAUCACAGGAGAUGCAGUCAAAAAACGUGUAGUUAGGCUUCCCCAGACAAACAGGGCUACGUGGAUACAGUGUAGGCUGCAGUGUGGAUUCAACACAGAAGUUCAAACCAGGCUUAAAGAGACAGUUCCUUUUUUGUGAGAGGUUGUACAGUUGAGGUCAAAAUUAUUAGCCCCCCUUGUGAAAUCAGAUAAAACCCUUGAUUUCUCCAUGAAAAUGACCAUUAAAAACAAGUAUUUAUAGUUUAUGUGUUUCCAAAAUAACAAAGACAAAUGUUCACUAUGUUUGAUUUGGAUCUUUUAUUGAUGCAAUGAAUUGAAACAAGAAAAGGUAAAAAUGGCAUGUCCAAAAUUAUUAGCCCCCUGGCCUUAAGUAAUCAAUAGUGCGCCCGUUCUGAGCCACACCUGACAACAACCUCUUCAAAUAGUUCUUUACUAGGUUGGCACAUGUCUCUGAAGGGAGUUUGGCCCAUUCUUCCAAUGCAAAUUGUUCCAGCUGGUCCAAAGUACAUGGUUUCUGAGCAUGGACAUUCACUUUGAGCACCCACCACAGAUUCUCAACAGGAUUGAGAUCUGGGCUCUGUACGGGCCACUCCAGGACCUUGGUUUAGGUGUCCUUUAAUAACUGUUUUACCAAUUUUGACGUAUGCUUUGGAUCAUUGUCUUGUUGGAAGACCCAGCACCGACCAAAGCCUAGACUAAGAGCAGAGUUCUUCACAUUAUCCCUCAAAAUGUCAAAAUAACUUUCUUUUUUCAUGAUGCCAUGCACCAAAACAAGGCUCCCUGUGCCUGAAGCUGCAAAACAGCCCCACAGUACGAUGCUCCCUCCACCAUGUUUAAUUCUGAGGACCGUGUUCUAAGGGUUGAAGGACUCUCCCUUUCUUGGCCAAACGUGAACAACAUCCAUGUGCCCAAAAAGUUCCAUCAGAUCAAAGGAUGGACUUCCAAAACUCAUCUUUACCUUUCAAAUGUUCUCGGGCAAACCUCAGUCUGGCUCUGAUGUGCUGCUCUUUGAGUAAAGGGGUUCUGCUGGGAUGAUGGUCCUGAAGCCCACUACGAUGAAGAUCCCUCACAACUGUGCUCCUUCAAACAUCAACUCCAGAGGAGGUCAGGUCAGCAACAAUCAUCUUGGCAGAUGUCCGGGGCUUCUUGCUGACAUCUUCGACUACUUUCCUCUCCAAAGUUCUUGAAAUCUUGUGUUUUCUACCACGCCUAGGUUUGUUUCCAACAGAGUUUGUCUCCUUGUACUUUGCAAUAAUGCGACUUACAGCUAUUCUAGACACUGUAAAACACCUGGACAUGACAGUAUAUCCUUCCCUCUUAUUAUGAGCCUCCAUUAUCUUCUUUCUGAGCUCAAGACUGAUUUUCUUCAUCUUUGGCAUGGUUAGUAAGAGUAGUCUUUCUCAAUAACGUGUUCAAGUACCCUGUUUGGAGUCCCUUAAGUAAAUCUCAAUGCUGUUUGAAUGCUCAGGUGUUGUUAGGAAGCCAACAGACCUACAGGUGUUGUUAGGAAACCAGCUGACUGCUCAGGUGUGUUUUAAAAGUAAAAAUUCACAGGGGGGCUAAUCAUUUUGACCACCUCAUUUUUCACUAUAUUUGAUAUAAAGUUAUCCUAAAAAUGUAUUUUACAUUCCAGAAUGUACCAAAGCUACUAAAGAACACUGGUGAAUGUUUGCUUAUAUCAAGUUUUAUCAAUGAUUCAAACAUUGGGCAGAAUUUAAGGAAAAUGUUCCAGAAUUCCUCGGGGGGCUGAUCAUUUUGACCUCAAGUGUAUAUGUUACAUGCCACUAGUAAUUAAAGCAGCCAUAAUGGAUGCUGCUCAGCUUGCCUCCUUUAAUGAGAAACUGCUCAGUGAAACAACACGCAAGCUCAGCUACAGUAAUCUGCAGAAGGGGUCCAAUCUGCGGGGCCGGAAACAGGCAACCCGACUCUCACAGAGACCACACUGCCCUCAAUCUAUUGGGUGGAGUAUUGCAGAGGGACACCUACACAUUGAUGCACAAGUAUGCAGAGCUCACGUCCGCAUCAGGCACUACUGCGUAGAGUCAACUCAGAAGUAUACUUAAGUAAGACUAUUGAUCGUCUUUUUUCAGUGUUUGAAAACAACUCUCAACAUUUUUUGCAAAGUAUUUAUUUAUGACUGAAUUUUCUUUUUUUUUUUAAAUAUCUUCAAAAGGUGUUUUCAGAAUAUCUUUGUAUUCCAUCAGUUCCAGAUAUGUGUAUGACAUGUUUCUGAACGUGUGUCUUGGAAAGAGCAUCGUGUUGAUGCAUCUCUUGAAGCCACUGUUUCCUCCAGCUUCCUGCAUAUUUACUCCCAGACUGUGUGUACAUAAAAGUUUCUAUGUAAAGUCUUUUGUUCAGACUCUGUUUUGGUAAACCAAAAUUAAAAUAAUGUCAUGAAAGUU